AUGCAGCUCUCACCAGGCGUUCGAUAUUUGCUACGUCACACGCAUCCCCUCAUUGCCCCGUCCGUGGUUGUCUAUCUUACUAUCAAGGCUCUCGACAGUUUCGGCAUCACCGAAUGUCCAACAUGGGCUUUGGUCAUCGCAACAGUCCUCGCGAAACCCCUUCUCCUAGUUUUCCAGGCGAAGCACGCUAAUCGCAAGAACGAGCGGCUUGCAGUCGCCCAGGGUGCGGUACUUCCCCCACUAGUGAAGGACUCGCCCUGGACUAUCAUUGCAAAAGCCCAAAAGUCGAUAGAAAGCGGCUACCCUGCUGAUAACUUGUUCGAGUGGACCCAAGAGUAUGGAAAUAGUUACCGUUUCAAUCUCUUCACGGCGAAAUUUUUCGUAACUUUGGAACCGGAUCAUGUUAAGGCGAUUCUUGCGACACAGUUUGACUCGUUUGUGAAAGGGCCAAUGUUUCUUUCGCAAAUGGACACUCUUCUGGGGUCUGGGGUCUUCAAUGCGGACGGUGAGAUGUGGAAGUUCCAUCGGGCCAUGACCAGACCAUUCUUCACCCGUGAACGUAUCAGUGACUUCGAGAUAUACGAGCGCAACUGCGACACCUCGCUUAGUCAGGCAAGAGUUCGGCUGACCGAAGGAUACCCCGUUGAAUUCCAAGAUCUCGUCUCCCGCUUCACGCUGGACUCAGCAACCGAGUUCUUGUUCGGCGAGAGCGUGGGCUCCCUCUGUGCGGGAAUUGCCUACCCACCGUCUGCAGCACACAAGACACCCGCUUCUUUCUACAAUCACCCGUCGAGGGUAUUCGCAGAGGCGUUCACCGUAGGACAAGAGACGGUCGCCAAGCGGUUUGCUUUUGGCAACGAGUGGCAGCUAGCAGAGUUCUUUGGAGAUAAGAUUCGGCCUUUCCGGAAUGUCAUGGACAAUUUUACCAGACCGUUGAUGAAAGCUGCGCUAGAGAAGAGGGAGCGGGAGUUACGCGAGAAGGGUGAGAUCGAUGAGAAGAAGGACGAAGAGAGCAAUUUGCUGGCUCACUUGGUUAAACAUACACAAGACGAGAAAAUUCUUCAGGACGAGCUUGUCAAUUUGCUCGUUGCUGGAAGAGACACGACAAUGUCGCUUCUCACAUUCUCCAUGUACAUGCUCACCCAACACCCGGAUAUUGAACGUCGUCUCCGUGAAGAAAUAUUUGAGAAGGUUGGGCCGAGGGGCGUGCCAACUUAUCAAAGCAUGCGCGACAUGAAGUACGUUCGGGCGUUCCUAAAUGAGGUCCUCCGGCUGUAUCCCCCCGUCCCGGUAGACUCGAGGACCACUGUCAACAACGUUGUGCUUCCUUCAAAGAAGUAUGGUCAAGACCCUCUUUUUGUUUCCAAAGGCACAACCUCCAUCUAUUCCGUCCUUUACAUGCAUCGUCGUACUGACCUUUGGGGACCUGAUGCGUUGACAUUCGACCCUGAUCGUUUCCUCGAUGAGCGUUUGCAUAAAUACCUAACUCCGAACCCCUUCAUCUUCUGCCCUUUCAAUGCUGGGCCUAGGAUAUGUCUUGGCCAACAGUUCGCAUACCAUGAAGCCACCUUCUACCUCGUCCGCCUUCUCCAGAAUUUCACGAACUUCACGCUAGACGAAGCGGCGAAUAUUAAGCCGCCAGAGCACUGGAAGCUGGGUGAUUCGCUUGUUCGAGAGGAGAAGAUACAUCCUAUGGCUCAUCUGACGAUGUAUGUCAAGGGCGGGCUCUGGGUGCAUAUGAAAGAGUUGAAUAGCUCAGAAGCCUAA